UCGGUGAGGCGUUCGAGAUGGACACGAUUGCCGAAGACAGCGAUGUGGUGGGGACGCUGGGAAUGCGCCCAAGCAAGGUGAGCAAAGCGAACCAUCGACGCGUGUGGUCUGUGGGGGUGGGCGGAGCUGUCGAGUACGACAAGCUCAAGAAGGAGCAAGAGGUGAACAUCUUACACAGCGAGCUGGAGAAGCAGAGCAAAGCUCUCGAAGAGUCGCAGGAAGAAACCCAGCUGGCCGCCCGCAUCGGCCAGACCUUGCUGUUACAAAAGCAACAACUCGACUACGAACUCGAAGACAAGCUAUCCACGCUUACGCAGCGCUGCGACACCGCCGAAGCACAAGUUCGGGUGCUCGAGGGGAAGUAUCACACAGCGACAGAGCAAUGGCGCAAGCUAGACCAACUUCGAGUCCAGCACGAGGUGGAAAUCGAAGACUUGGCCAACAAGAGCAUUGCCUCAACAUCCGCCCUGAAGUCCCUCCGAGAAGAGCUAGUUUAUACUCGCGCCAAGGUGGCCGAAGCGAGUGCCCGGAACGUCCAUCUAGCAUCCGAGGUGGACGAGCUGAAAAAACGCGUCGUCGAGCUGAAGCAAGUAAACUCGAAACUCACCGUGGACUUGGGCACAGCAAACGCUCGGUUGGGAGAACUUCGAGACGCCAACCAAGAACUGGACGGUCAAGUCACAAAACUCAACAACCAGCUAGAAAUCGCCCUCAUCGAUGCCACCAAGUACGAAGCUCUCCAAACCCAGCACGCCAGUACGGUCGAAGACUUGCAUGCAUCGUUGGCGGCAAGCACUACCUUACAGGACGACAAUCGAGCCAAGUGCCAGCAGAUUGCAACACUGGGACUGGAGCUUCAGCAGGCUGCUGAACGGCUGGAGCUGGAGCGAACGAUGGCACAGGAGUUGCUUCGAAAGCACGACAUGCACACAGCUGCAUCAGGCCACUCCCGCGCUGCCAGCGACUUUAACUUGAGCACAACGACUAACGGAAGCACCAGUGUACCCGGGCUCAAGCACAGGUCUCUCUUCCACGAGCUAUCCCUUCAACUUAUUCAUGACGUCGGCCCGCUUCAACAACAGGUGGUUGCGUUGAAGGAUGCCCUGGCAAACGCGUCCACAAACCAUUCGGCCAUGCUUGCGACUAUGCAAAGUGAGAUGCAAACGGUGGCCAGUUCACGCGAGGAAGCCCUCGCCAAAGCUGCCGAGAUGAAAGGCCAACUCGCCACAGCCUCUCAAGCUGCCCAGGAAUGGGAGCAAAAGUGCAUCAUGCAAACGCGAGAGGUGGAUUUGGUGCAUCGACAGCUCGAGCACGCAGCCAUCGAGUUGGCCGACGCCUUAAAAUGCAACCACGAUCUGCGCGACAAGUUGGCGAAAGCCGAAGUCGACCACGGCCUCGCCCUGCAGCAGCAUAGCCGAGACAUUCGUUCGCUCCAAGCAAAGUACCAACAUCUCCAAGACCAGUACGCUCAGCGCGUGGCCAAGUCGAAGGCAUUCGUAGCACAUACACCGGGCGACGGGACAUGCGAGUCGGCAGGACAUGGCGGGGAAGACGUCGAGCCAAAGUACCACGCGUUGGUCGCCUCGUUCCAGGCGUUGCAGGCAAACCAUGACGACGUUGUCGAGCAACUCGAAGCCUCGACGAGUCGCAUGCAUGCAGCAGAAGCUAAGGUCGACGAGCAGGCGCAUCAGUUGGCGACACAGAUCGAAGACUUGCACCAGCUCCAGCAACUCUGGAGCGAAUCCAAGGUGACUGUGGACGCUCUCCGGCAGCGGAACGAGGAGCUGUCGACGAAAUUGUACCAGACAUCGUCGCCGACGAAACAGCAAACUGCGAUGGAAAUCCAUCGGCAGUCGUUGCUCGAGCGCGGGUCGCUCUUCCACGAGUUGUCGGCCCAUGUUGAGCAUGAAGUCGAGAUGGCAACGGCCUCGACCGCGAUCGACCUGGCGAGCGAACAGGAGCAAAUGCGAGCGAUGUACGAAGCAGAGCAAGCGAAACCUGGCAAGGUCCAAGCCGCCAACCCUGCUGCUGUGGCAUUGUAUCACAUGCGAGCCAAGUAUCAACGCAAAGCCGACCGGGUGGUCGAGCUCGAGGCUCUCUUGGCAUACACGUCGACCCGAAAACAUUCCAUCUACUGCCGUGGACCGGCCAACGCGGCGGUGUUCGCGCGGAAAGGCACCUUCCGCGACUUUCCAUGGGACCUUCAACUCAAGCCAAUUCCAGUGGUCGCGAUCGCCGACAUGCACGCCAUCGCUGGAACGCACCGACCUGCCAAGCAACAUGGACUGGAUGGGGCGGUCCCCAUUGCCAACCACUGUGGCGAGAAGCCUGGUGGCCCAACGUCCGAGCUGGCCUUGCAACCAUGAGCUGUUGCUUUAGCUAGAUCUUGUGUCGUCUCGAGCGAUUCGUUCCGGACAGAGCGAGCACCGCGACACAUCGUUCGUCUUAAAUAGGAAGGGUUGGUUCUAAGCACCGGCCUCCGGGUUGUCCGUCGAGGACGGGUCGUCGUCCGUAAAGCCGUUGUGGCCAACCAGGUAUUCGGAGAACGCCUGCGUCGCAAUCAAACACGUUCGAAAUGGACGCAUCGAGAGCGGCGAUGACGCCAAGUAC